AUGAAAGAACGGAGUAAUAGCCCUGUCAAGGAAAAAAGCCCUCUUAUCGAUGAACCCAGCGAUCACCAUUCUGCGAAGGGCUCUAAGCAUGACUCUAGCAGCAAUACUAGCAAGUCUGCCAACCCAACCUUAUUAAAAUCACCUAAAUUUGAGAGCAUUUUUGAAAGUUUAACCUAUCAGUAUUUGAGGAAAGACUCAACCCAACUAAAGCAGAGGAUGGGUGAAUCGAAGGGCUUGCUCACUGAAAGCCGGUCUCUUGGGGAAGAGAUAGCAGACCAGAAUUUGAUGGCGUCGUCAAAUUCAAGAAAAUCGGAUCUAUUGCGCCGAUCUUCUUCUGCUGCUGCUUCUACUUCUACCAGACCCCAAUCCGUAUCCGCAGUCGCUGGUGAGAAUGCUAACAGAGGAAAUUCGGGCUCGAUGACCGUCGACAGCAUUCUUCGCGAUGCUUACGAGUCUGGGCCUCCCACGGAGUCUACUCUCCUAGAUGCCCAAAUCACUUUAAUGGAGACGCCGGCCAAUGCCGCCCCCGCCGCGACCUCCACCGACGGCAAUGACGGCGGUGGGUCACUGAAUGCUUCGAAAACCAUGGAUGAUGUUUGGAAGGAUAUGAUCUCUGGUGAAAGGAAGGAGUGCAAGGAGGAGGCACUGGAUGAAAUGAUGACUCUAGAGGAUUUUCUGGCCAAGGCCGGGGCUGUGGACGAUGAUGAUGAUGUGAAGAUACCUGUGGCCCCCACCGAGCGGAUGAGUGGGGGUGUUUUUACGUUUGAUUCUAUUAACGCAACCACGUUCCAGUCAUUGGAUAAAGUUGAAGGGUCGGUAGUCGGGUUCGGUAAUGGAGUGGAGAUGGAUGGUGGUGGAGGAGAGAGGAAUAAGAGAGCGCGUCUUGUUUUGGAGCCGUUGGAUAAGGCUGCUUUGCAGAGGCAAAGGAGGAUGAUUAAAAACAGAGAAUCCGCAGCAAGGUCUAGGGAACGAAAGCAGGCAUACCAAGUUGAAUUAGAGUCGAUAGCGGUGAGACUAGAGGAGGAAAAUGAGCGGCUGAUGAGGGAAAAGGCCGAGAGGACCAAGAAAAGAUACAAGCAGCUCAUGGAAAGGGUUGUUCCCAUUGUUGACAAGCAAAAGCAACCACGCGUACUCCGUAGGGUUCGCUCCUGGCAGUGGUAGGUCAAGUUUGCUCGAGGUACAGAAUGGGAACCAAAGAUCUUCCGACGAUGUUGCACAGGGAUGGUGAACUAAAUAAAAGGGGAAAAUUAAUUACUUCUUAAACUCAUACUCAAAUCUUUAAGUUGUCUCAGGCAGUUGGGCCUAAUGAUUUGGUAUAUGUAGGAAGGAAUUGAAACCUGACUCAUAAGGAAAAUUCCUUGGCAGGUGUUUCCCCCUAUUUGUAGGAGUUGAAGAGGUAGAAAUCUGAAGUUGCACAUUUAGAGCAACGGGGGAUUUUAGGAGAGUAUAUAUAGCUUAGUCACGCUUUAGAGACAGAGAAUUAUAUGUCCAGAAAAAAGUAUACAUAAAAUGUUGAUAUCAUACGUUAUUUCAGGAUAGUCUUUAGAGUUGAGAUCCAUGUCCAUGUUCUUUUAACCAAUAUAUGAAUGAGAUCCUCUGGCUUGAUAACAUAAGAUUUAUGACCCA